AUGGGUCUUUUCCCCAAUCGAAAACGACAAACUGCUUCAGCAGGAGUAUUUACCCCCGAAGGACGAACCACCGAUAAGAGUUCCGAUCGAACAUUAACACCCGGUCACGAAAACCCCAAUCAUGUUCCUGGAGCUACCUUUGAUAUCAAGAGAGCGACUCAAGCUCGUAAGACCGCUAUCUACAUAUCCAGUUUUCUUUACUUGAUAUCUUUCAUAUUUCUAAUUCUGACCAUAAUCGGCAAUACACACGACCGCUCCGUCCUCCGCCAGACAUGGUUUUUCCGACUCGACCUAACCAACAUCAUCCCCGAAUCCGUCGGCACCUCCAUCACCCUAACCAAUUCACUCGCGCGCUCCCUCGGUCUCCACGACUUCUACCAAGUAGGCCUCUGGAAUUUCUGCGAAGGGUAUAAUUCCGACGGCAUCACAUCCUGUUCUCCACCCAAGAACCUCUACUGGUUCAACCCCGUCGAGAUACUCCUCAAUGAACUACUAUCCGGGGCUACGGUCGCGCUGCCCGCGGACAUCAAUAAGAUCUUAAGUUUGAUUCGUAUUGCUAGUCACAUCAUGUUUGGAUUCUUCAUCACAGGAACCAUCAUGAAUUUUCUCAACAUCUUCCUCUCACCCGUGGUUCUCUACUCGCGUUGGAUAUCCGGCGCCUACGCCAUCUGGACAUUUAUCUCAGCGCUGCUCACUACGGCCGCAACCAUCAUUGCCACAAUCAUGUUCAUCAUUUUCCGCAACGUGAUAACAUCUCAAGCAGGCCUGAACAUCGGCGCGAAAAUCGGCACCCAAAUGUUUGCAUUCAUGUGGAUUGGAUCCAGCUGUUCGAUUAUCGCUUGGGUUAUUCAUGUGGGGAUGUGUUGUUGUGGUGCGUCGAGGAGAGAUGUCAAGAGUGGGAGGAGGCCCGGUAGUAAGAAGGCGUAUGCUAGUGGUGUGGUGCCGGUCCCGGAUGAGAAGAAUGGAGGGGCGAAAAAGAGGAAUUUGCCUAUGUUUAAGAGGACGAGAGGAGCGGGGGACCUGGUAUAA